AAUGUAUAAAUUCAUCGCUUUGGCCUUGAUUGUUUCAUGUGUAAUGGGUGUUCAGAAGGAUACAAAGACAUUGUUAGCUGAAAUUGAUGCUGACAACUUUGGAAAUACAAUUCUAUCAACAGUUUAAAUGUAUUUACAAGCAAAAGGAAAUGCAGAAGAAAUUUUAGUUUUGUUAAAUUAGGUUUUAGCUGGUUUAGUUGAUGAUUAAAAUAAACAUGAUAAUGUUAUCAGAGUUGAUAGAGCUGCUUGCACUCGUAUAGUCACAGAUUUAGAAAAUUCAAUUGCUUAUCAUUAAGCUUAAGUAGCUGCUAAUGCUCAAAUGAGAGAAGAUAACGAAAAAGCUUUAGCAGAAGCUGAAAAUGAUGUAAGAUAAACAAUUUAAGUAAAAAUAUGCAUAAUAAAUAAUUAAUUAGGAUAUUGAAAGUAAUGAAAGAACAUUUGCUCAAGAAGAGGCUAACAGAAAUAAGGCUCAUGAAACAUGGGUUAGAAAGAAUGGAGAGCAUGAUGAUGCUAUUGCUGCUGUUGAUGAAGCAACUAAAUUAGUCUAACAUCUUUCUCUUGGUGCUACUUUUGCUGAACUCAAACCUAAAUUUGAAGCUGUUUAAAAGAGAUUGAUUGAAAAUGAAAGUCAUGGUGCUCUAUUCUAACCAAUUGUUACAGCUUUGACUGAAUUAGCUACUAAAGUUGAUCAAAAAGCUAUUUAAAGAAUUCUCCAAUUGCUUUCAUAACUCAGAUAACAAUUAGUUGAAGCAAGAUCAGUUUUAGAAGUAAUUCUAAUAUAUUAAAUAUAUAUAGGAUACUGAAAAUAGAUAAGCUUAAAGAUGGGCUGAAUUCUCUACUCAUUUGAGCAAUGAACACAAUAGAUUGGUUGAUAGAAAGAAUUAAUUGGAAUAAUCAAUCCAAACUUUCAAGACUAACAUUGAUACUGCAACUCAUUUCUUCGAAGUCCAUUAAGUAAUUAUAAUUAUUUAUAUCUAUACUAGUUGGAAUUAGAAUAAGCUCAAGAAACUCUUGAUGCUGAACAUGAAUGGUGUGCUCUCUAAGAAAACACUUAUGAUACUUAAACCACAGAAAGAUAAAGAUAAUAAGAAAUUGUUGAAAGAAUCUUAGAGCAUUUAACUGAAAAAUUAACUGCAACAUCCCAAUAUCUUGGUGGCAGAUUCUGAG